UUAGUUCAUACAAGCUCUUGAGGAGGAUAUUGAAUAUUGGAAUUAGGUUUAGCGCUUAACUAAAGUUAUCAUGCGAUUCCGUUCUUAGAGAAAUGAAAUACUUAUCUGAAAGAGUUAUUUUGUCUCUGGUUUUGUGUCUUGGAACAAUCAACAUGCUGGCUCAAAGAGUAAAUUUAAGCAUAGCAAUCUUAUGCAUGACAAGUCGCUGCACUAUACGUGAUAACAACAGUACAAGUAAUAAAUAUCCUAUUCGAGUUGUUCAGAAUUCAUCUGGUUGUAGUAUAGAGUCAUUCAAUGAAACAAAGGAGGUGGAUUAUUGGGUUAAAUGUACACCCUCAAUGCGCGCCUGCAUAUCGUUGACAGUUUUUUUUUAGAGAUUACACUACCAAAUAAUUCAAUGCAUCACGUAGAACUCAAAAUGCAAAGUUAUUGUCAGUACUGCUACAGUUUUCUAUUGGUUCUUCUACAAACUUGGAAGCCCUUUCAUCCAAACAUUUUUCAUUUCAGGCAGUAAACGUUUCUGUGCUAAUGUUAUGCCGUUUUGUAUUUAAUAUUUAGAAACUAAUGCCAUAUCAGUUUAACUGUGAUAGAUGGCCCGUUUGACUGGGAUCGCUCAAGUUGGGGAGUUCUUCUGGGAGUUAUUUUCUGGGGUUAUUUUCUUGGGCAGAUACCUGCAGGCAUCCUUAUUCAAAAGUUCAGCGUUCGCUCAGUCCUGCUUACAUCCCUAAUUCUUAUGAGCACAUCAACAAUACUUGUUCCAGUGGUAGCGAUAAGGUCUCUGUAUUUAUUUUGUGCCGUACGAGUACUUACAGGAUUAACAUCCGCAAGUUGGUUUCCUGGAUUCUACCAACUUUGGGCUGCUUGGGCACCUCCAAAUGAGCGUGGACUCUUAAUUGGAUUUGCUUAUGCAGGACUUCAUGUAGGUAGUGCUAUUACAAUGCCUAUUACUGGUGCUUUGUGUCAGACAUCAUUGGGAUGGUCACUAGUUUUCUACUUCUAUGGUGCAGUCAGCUUUGUUUAUUGUAUGAUAUGGUUCAUGUUUGUAUAUGAUGAACCUAAAUUAAAUCCAAGAAUAUCUAUGAAAGAAAAGACUUAUUUAGAAUCAACCUGCCCAGUUAUAAUGAAAAACAGCCAAGGAAAGAUCCCAAUAAAAUCCAUUUUGACAUCACUCCCUGUUUGGGCAUUCAUUGUUGUAAAUAUUGGCAUAGAUUGGAAUUUAUAUACAUUUCUAACUAGCGUACCAACGUAUAUGCGUGAAGUGUUGCACUUUGAUUUUCAACAAAAUGCUCUGCUGUCUUCCCUACCAUACAUCGGCAUGUGGAUAGGACAACUAAUAUUUGGUUGGAUAUCCGACAUCCUUUUGACUCGGCGAAUUCUAACUUUGAGUGUUGUUCGUAAACUGAUGAACAGCAUAGGUGAGUAGGUCUGAUUUUUGUGCUUAAAAGCCAUUCACUUGGAGAAAAUAAAUACAUAGUGUUUACGCUUUGUAAAACAACAACAAUGACAUAAUAAUUUCUUUGUAAACAAUGAUAUAUAAUGAGCGAGUCAUUAAGAUCAGAAAAGUUCUAAAUAAGUAAUUUCAUUAUAUGUAUAUGUAGUUUGACUAUAAGCUGUUGUUAACUACUAUGUUUUUUAGGACUAAACAUUUUGUUCCUAAAUUAUUUCAUUUUGAUUGAAAUGACUGACAAGCA